AUGCCUCGUACACUAUUGCUCUGUUUUAUCCACGGUUUCAAGGGUACCGACAAUACCUUUCAAGAAUUCCCAUAUGAUCUCAAAAAGGCAGUCGGCAAAGAACUACCAGACUGUAAAGUCCAGUCAGUCGUCUAUCCCAAAUAUGAGACAUCUGGCGAACUCGCUCAGGCCUCAGAGGGCUUUCUCGGAUGGCUCAAGGAACGAGUCAUGGACAUUCGAAAGGAAAAGUCCGAAAAGCCAUGGCCUCCUCAUGACAGAGACGUCGGUGUAGUCCUCGUUGCCCACAGCAUGGGAGGCUUUGUCGCAGCGGAUUCUCUCUUCCUAGCAAUAAACGAAAGAGCCAACGACGGAGAUGAAAACGAUCCCCUGUUCCCCUUAAUCCAAGGCAUUCUCACAUUCGACACUCCCUACAACGGCCUUGCCCGCUCCAUGUUCGUCUACGGUGCUUUUUCAAACUAUCAAAAAGUCAACAGUGUCUUCAACGUCAUGACAGCUAUAUCCGCCGCCGCGCCUGCCAGUCUUGCUCGUCUAAGUGCGCGACGAGCUGCUACUACCGCCGUCACAACCACUACACGAGGACCCCAAUGGAAGACAUGGCAGCUGGUAGCCGUCAAGACAGGCACAGUCGGCGCCAUCGCAGCUGGUGGUGUGGCGGCUUACAUGAAUCGAGAGCUCAUCAUGCAAGGAAUGAAGAGCGUCAAGAAUAUCAACAAAGAGUCGGUCGCCGAGGGAUACCGCCAAAGCAUGGACGCCUUCGGUCAAGGUUUAGCCUACAUCAACCGCGGGAAUGUAGGACGGUCUUUUUCUUGGCUGUCUGAUCACGUUACCUUUGUCGGUGCACUUCUUAGACAAAAGGAACUCAACCGUCGACUGGAACGCAUUGGAUCACUCAAAGGUGUUGGUAUACACGACUUUUACUGUUCUCUUGGCGAGAAUGGUUACUGGAGUGGUGGCUACUUUGUCCCUGAGCGAACGUUCUGCGCUAUUCCAGAAGAAAGUCACUCGGCGUAUCCUAUAUUUGAGAGAUGUGUCAUGCCCAAAGCCGACGAUGAGGUAGAGGCUCACAUGAACAUGUUCAGGCCCGAGAAGCACCGCGGAUACGAAGAGAUGACGGAAAGGUCAGCUGAGCUUGUCAAGAAGUGGUUCAUGAGUGAGGAUAACGUUGUUGAUGAUCCCAAGUUCCGUGAAACUCCUCCCGAGGAGACGGAAGAGACUGAAAAGGCCAAGGAGAUUCUUGAGAAAGAUCCAGGCGCCGAAGAGAACGAAAAGGCCGAGGGUGCCGACAAGGACAAAGACGACGAGUUCCCAGACGAGUCGCCCCUCGACAUCGCCAAUGCUGCAUCGCUUGUGCCACUACCCGAUGAUACAGGAGACCAACUCAUCGGAGAUGCAAAUAUCGAGGGCGCUGACACUGUCGAGAAGCGAAACUACCUCAACUAUCUCUUCGGCGUGGCUCAAUCGGCAGGUACAGAUGCCAAGGGCUGGCUGCCAAACAAGAUCCCCCAGAUGCCAAACCUGCCCAGCAUGCCGAAUAUGCCAAACAUGCCAAAUAUGCCCAAGGUUCCCAGCUCUGUAUCGUCGUUGGGCAAUGUAUCCAUGCCUAGCAUGAAGAUCUGGGGUAAGAGGGAUGGGGAUACACAAGGAGAGGGUGAGACGCAGGACAAGAACACUACUGAAGAAAAGAAUGAUACUGCUGAAGUUGAAACAAAAGCUGAACCGAAGGAAACGACUGAUAAUAAUGCAGAGGUUGCCCAGAAGAUUGAGGCAGAAGGUGAAAAGAAAUCAGGUUAG